CGUUGAAAAACGGCCCCGUGUGAGCUACAAUCUUCCGUCUGCGAACCUACCGAAACUAGUAACAAAAGUACAAACGAGGUGCGUGACUUUCCUAUCAAUCAUCGGCGUCCAAGUUAGUUCUAUUGACGGUUAAGUAACAAAUAGGUUGUAGCAAAAACAUCAAACAGCAUGGUACUUACGAAGGAAUACCGAAUAUGCAUGCCGCUCACCGUGGAAGAGUACAAAAUUGGCCAACUGUACAUGAUUGCGCGCCACAGCCUCGAACAGUCGAACGAUGGAGAAGGCGUGGAGGUGAUUGAGAACAAGGAAUGUUUCGACCCAGAUCACGGCAAGGGGCAGUACACGGAGAAACGGAUACAUUUAUCGAGCCGAUUGCCGUACUGGCUGCAAGCAGUUUGCCCAAAAGUUUUCUAUGUCAUCGAGAAGGGUUGGAACUACUAUCCGUACACAGUGACUGAAUAUACGUGUUCGUUCAUACCAAAGCUACACAUACGAAUACUGACCCGAUUUGAGGACAAUGCUGGGACGUCGGAUAACUGUCUGAAUCUUCCCGAAGAAAGUCUUAAAACCCGUAUCGUCGACCACGUGGACAUCGCAUUCGAGGAGCCCACUGAAAAGCAUUACAAAAGGGAAGAGGAUCCAAAGUUUUUCAAGUCCCGCGUCACUGGACGCGGCCCGCUGGUGGAGGGAUGGCGUGAAACGGACAAACCGAUGAUGUGUUCCUACAAACUGGUCGAGGCAUCGUUUGAGGUGUGGGGCUUGCAGACGCGGGUGGAGGAAUUCAUUCAGAAGUGCAUCCGGGACGUCCUACUGCUGGGACACAGGCAAGCGUUCGCUUGGAUCGACGAAUGGCACGGCAUGAGCAUUGAAGACGUUCGCAUGUACGAGAAAGAUAAACAGAUGGAGGCGAACGAUAAGCUACGCCAGUCGAUGCCGCCGGCUGUUGAAACUGAUAAGGUUCAGUGAAGAAACAAA